GUGGUUUUGGUGGCGGGACUACACGUUUGUUAGCAACCGACAAAUGCUUUUGAUCCGAACAAUAUGCCUUUCUCCGGGUUGAUCGCGCGCAGCUGCAGUUUCGUUUGUUUGACGCCGGGCAUCAACAAGUUUCGGUUGCGCCUAUAAGACCAAAAUUCUCGAGAGUCAACAUAGACUCUGCACAGUACUCUCUUAGCCUCGAUAUCCCAGCUGAACAUGUCUCAGCCGACUUCGACAAAGCUCCGCGCAAUGCUGGCUGAUCCGGCCAAAAUUGUUGUGUGCCCGGGGGUCUAUGAUGGCUUCACCGCACGUCUGGCGUUGAGGACGGGGUUUGAUGCAUUAUACAUGACAGGGGCAGGAACCAGCAUGUCUCGCAUUGGAAUGGCAGACUUAGGUCUCGCCACCAUGACUGAGAUGAAGCAGAAUGCUGAGAUGAUUGCAAACCUUGACAAGGAAGUCCCUCUCAUAGCGGACGCAGACACUGGUUAUGGAUCAGCCAUCAACGUCGCCAGAACUGUUUCCGGAUACAUCUCUGCUGGAGUCGCAGCAUUUCACCUUGAAGACCAAGUGGUGAACAAAAAGUGUGGCCAUCUGGCAGGAAAAGAGAUUGUAUCUAUCAGCGACUACCUGGCUCGAAUUCGGGCUGCGGUCAAGGUCAGGGCACAACUGAAGUCUGAUAUUGUCAUCAUAGCUCGAACGGACGCACUCCAAUCCCUCGGUCUCGAAGAGGCUAUCCGAAGACUGAGGGCCGCCGUCGACGCCGGUGCGGAUGUGGCGUUUCUUGAAGCCAUCUCGAAAAAAGAGGAAGCCGUUGCUGUGUGCAAGGAAUUUAAAAAGAGCAACACGCCGGUCAUGUAUGGGAUGGUCCAGGGAAGCCGUGCGUUGAAACUCACGUCCGCAGAAGCGAAGGCAAUCGGAUUCAGGAUCAUAGUCUACGCGGCUGCAUGUCUGACGCCAACGUACAUCGCGGUUACUCGAGCGUUGGAGAUCCUAAAAAGUGAGGGAGAUUGUGAGAAAUAUCAACCAGAGAUCAGCCCUCACACGCUGUUCGAUGCAUGCGGCAUGCAGGGUUUACUAGACUUUGAUCGCGAAGUUUCAUCUGGAAGCUGAGAUGUUGGGCGUCCGUCUUGGCACAGCGUGUAUGUAGUAUGCAGAAAUGAUGACCAAAAGUCGGAAUCUGGGUCUGCACAACCCCUCGUGAAGCUGCAUAACAUUUCUGAAGAUUACUUAAGGCUGGUGACAGCCAAUAAUACAGCCUUCAGGGAACUCCCG